AUGAAAACGCUUCUGCUUUUGCUGCUGGUGCUCCCGGACCUGGUGUGGGCCUCAGGCUCCCUGCACAGGGUGCCCCUCAGGAGGGGUCAGUCCCUCCGAAAGAAGCUGCGAGCCCGGGGCCAGCUCUCCGAGUUCUGGAAAUCCCAGCAUCUGGACAUGAUCCAGUUCACCGAGUCCUGCACGAUGGACCAGAGUGUCAACGAGCCCCUCGUCAACUACUUGGAUAUGGAAUACUUUGGCACCAUCUCCAUUGGCUCCCCACCGCAGAACUUCACCGUCAUCUUUGAUACCGGCUCCUCCAACCUCUGGGUCCCCUCCGUGUACUGCACCAGCCCGGCCUGCAAGACACACCCCAGGUUCAGCCCUUCCCGGUCCAGCACGUACAGUGCCGCAGGGAGCCACUUCUUCAUUCAGUACGGGACGGGGAGCUUGUCCGGAGUCAUCGGAGCCGACCAGGUCUCCGUGGAGGGGCUGACUGUGGUCGGCCAGCAGUUUGGAGAGAGUGUCACAGAGCCUGGCCAGACCUUUGUGGACGCAGAGUUCGAUGGCAUCCUGGGCCUGGGAUACCCCUCCUUGGCUGUUGGAGGGGUGACUCCAGUGUUCGACAACAUGAUGGCCCAGAACCUGGUGGACGUACCCAUGUUUUCUGUCUACAUGAGCAGUGACCCAGAAGGCGGUGCAGGGAGCGAGCUGAUUUUCGGAGGCUAUGACCACUCCCAUUUCUCUGGGAGUCUGAACUGGGUCCCGGUCACCAAGCAAGGCUACUGGCAGAUAGCACUGGACACAAUCCAGGUGGGGGGCGCCGUGAUGUUCUGCUCAGAAGGCUGCCAGGCCAUUGUGGACACAGGGACCUCGCUCAUCACAGGCCCCCCGGCUGAGAUCAAGCAGCUGCAGAAGGCGAUAGGGGCAGAGCCCGUGGAUGGAGAAUAUGCCGUGGAGUGUGACAAUCUCAAUGUCAUGCCGGAUGUCACCUUCACCAUCAAUGGAGUCCCCUACACUCUUCAACCAACUGCCUACACCCUGCUGGACUUCGUAGAUGGAAUGGAGUUCUGCUCCAGUGGCUUUCAAGGCCUUGACAUCCAGCCUCCAGCCGGGCCCCUCUGGAUCCUGGGCGACGUCUUCAUUAGACAGUUUUACUCUGUCUUUGACCGAGGUGAUAACCGUGUGGGGCUGGCCCCAGCCGUCCCCUAA